AUGCUCAUCACUCUUAUCGUAACCGAUGACAAUAGAAAUCAAAUCAUCCAAGGUCACAAGGAUACACCAUUGAAUAUGCUGGGCGUACAACAAGCUCGACUGACCGGGGAAUUUUUACAUCAGUCUCAAACUGAAUUCGAUCAAGUUUGGUCAAGCGAUUUACAAAGAGCUCAAAAGACAGCUCAAGUGAUCUCUCAGCAAAUCGACAAUCCACCAUCACUGAGAACCGACCAAAGGUUGAGAGAAAGAUUUUUAGGCGAUUUGGAAGGCAAACCCAGGGAACCCAAAAACAUGCGAGUCAACUCACAAUCCGCAGAGCCACCCCAUGCAGUACUCUCACGACUGCUAGACUUCUGGAAUGAGCAGAUCAUCAAGAGUCCGACCAGCGAUCGCAUUUUGAUCGUCAGUCACGGGGGUGCACUACGAUCGUUAAUCGAAUCAGGAUUGAUCAAUCGUUUGAACUACAAAACUCCAGAGCAAUAUUCAAAGGAAUCCAGCUUUGCCAACUGCUCCAUCACUACCGUCGAAAUCACCCCUCAAUCUCAAUCAAUCCUCUCCAUCGCCAGCGUCGAGCACCUCCAAGGCAAAAUCCAGGCAUCAAACCUCAACGCUGAUGAUCUCAAUGUCACUGAUGACAACGCUCAAAACUAG